GCGGCCGCGGGCGCGAGUACUUCCGGUAGUGCGGGCGCGGGGUCGCGCUGAGCGGGUUGGAGGCUGGCGGCGGCGCAAUGACCACGCUCCGGGCCUUCACCUGCGACGACCUGUUCCGCUUCAACAACAUUAACUUGGAUCCACUUACAGAAACUUAUGGGAUUCCUUUUUACUUACAGUACCUUGCGCACUGGCCAGAGUAUUUCAUCGUUGCUGAGGCCCCUGGCGGAGAACUAAUGGGUUAUAUUAUGGGCAAAGCAGAAGGCUCAGUAGCUAGGGAAGAGUGGCACGGACAUGUCACGGCUCUGUCUGUCGCCCCUGAAUUCCGCCGUCUUGGCUUGGCUGCUAAACUUAUGGAGUUAUUAGAGGAAAUUUCAGAAAGAAAAGGUGGAUUUUUUGUUGAUCUCUUCGUAAGAGUAUCCAAUCAAGUUGCCGUCAACAUGUACAAGCAGUUGGGUUACAGUGUCUACAGGACAGUCAUAGAGUACUACUCAGCCAGCAACGGGGAGCCUGAUGAGGAUGCCUAUGAUAUGAGGAAAGCACUUUCCAGGGACACUGAGAAGAAAUCCAUCAUACCAUUACCUCAUCCCGUGAGGCCUGAAGACAUUGAAUAACCAUAGGCAGUGGUUCUUAGGCAGGUGUUCCAGACAGUUUGUGGACAUACUAUUUUCAUAGGAUGAUCUUGGAGCUCUAUUAGGAGGAAAGUCAGCAUUUAAGUCUUAAAGACUUCCAAAAAUGCAGGCUCUAAACUUCAAAUCUCAUCCUUCCAAUGAGCAAUAGCAUACACGUUCCAACUGUUUGCCAUAGUAAAACUGAAUCAAGGCAGCUAAGUCAGAAGGACAUGUUCCACUAUCAUGGUUGACAGUUCAUGCCAAGGAGAGUCUCCCUCUUCCUCCUCCUAAAUCCUGUGCCUGAGAACCACUGCUGCACAUAUAUAAAUAUAUAUAUAUUUUAUUUUGUAUUGAUCUGUUAAUUGAAGCUUUAAAAGCAUAUAUGAAAUGUAUAAAUCUGAGAUGUAUAGUAAAACACAUUGUUGACUAUGAA